AUGCCGCAGGACAGUUUGGGAGGCUGCGUUUUCCCAGUGCGUUCCAUCAGGAAAACGGAGUCAGCGUUUACAAAAGAUACUGCCAGGUUCAAGGAUGAAUUAGAUAUUAUGAAGUUCAUUUGCAAGGACUUUUGGACAACUGUAUUCAAAAAACAAAUAGAUAACCUAAGGACUAAUCAUCAGGGUAUUUAUGUCCUUCAAGACAAUAAAUUUCGUCUCUUGACACAAAUGUCUGCGGGAAAGCAGUAUUUAGAACAUGCACCAAAGUAUUUAGCUUUUACCUGUGGACUAAUCAGAGGAGGCCUAUCGAAUUUGGGAAUAAAGAGUAUUGUAACAGCUGAAGUUUCAUCAAUGCCUGCAUGUAAAUUUCAGGUGAUGAUACAGAAGAUGUAGAGCACAUUCAAAUCUGGGUAUCUACCUUAAAAAUCCUUUGUCUGUGGAUUCAGUAUCUUGGUUCAGCUUUGUAUGUAGCUUGUAAAUUAUAGCAGUGUGCAGCACAAUUCCAAAAUCCAUAAUAAAUGUUCAUUAAAAUAA